AUGACGGACGCCGACUGCUUCAAAGCUGUGAGGAAGCUGGCGCGCGCGAAUGCUAAAUUACUGAGGCAGCAGCGCGUCCUCGAGGCGGACUUGAUUGAUGCGCAGCUCACCAUCUUAAAGCAGCAAGCGCAACUGGAAGCCGCCGCCAUCGCAAACGCCGGCGCGAAGGACGCGGCGGCGCGCGAGGUCGCGGCGCGGCGGGAGCUCGACGCCGAGCGCGCCGCGCGCGCCGACGACGCGCUCCAGGCGGCGCAGCGGCUCCACGACCGCGAGGCGCAGCUGCGGCACGAGGCGGACAGUCGGCGGCGCGCGGACGCGGAGGCGCUCGCCGAGGAGCGGCGGCGGCGCGGCGACGCGGAGAAUAGGUUGAGGGAGUGGAAAGCGAGAGCCGCCCAGGUGACGCAACUGGCGCGGCACCGCGUCGCGCGCGCGACGGCCGCGCGGGCGUCGGCGCAGGCGCGCUGCGCGUCGUCGGGCGACGACGAGACGACGUUCUCUCCAUCACAACCGGACUUUCCGGAGCCGCCGGAUCCUUAUAUAGACGCGCCGGAGUUCUUUCCCCCGCCGCCGCGGUUCCUCGAAACGCCGCCGUCGCCUCCGCGGUGCGAGGUGCCGCCGCCGGACGAGGACGAGGAUGCGCGGGAGCCGCCCGGGCGAGCUGUCUUGGGGUCGCUCGAUGGCGUAAUUUAG